CCACCACAUUUCAUUACAACUUACAACUAGCUUUCAGACCUACCAUUACAAUAUUAAAAUCAUUAUGGAGGCAAAAUCAAGUGCCCAGAAACUCCAAUGUCUUCUUAUUAACCACAACAAAGUCAGGAAACAGAUCAAAUUGCUAGAGAGGCUGAUCCAGAGACACCAUCGCCAGGCGGUCCGAUCCAUUCACCUCGGCCAGAAGGGACAAGCUCUGCAUUACAUGGGGUGUAAGACAGUGGUGCAGUCAGUGAAGUACUUCUACCAGCAGUACUCCACCAGGAGCUGGAUACGGGUACAGACCAUGGCCCGGGAGAUCAUGCUGACCCUUGACCCCAGGAGUGUCCCCCCGCCCCUGGUUAUCCCUGAGGAGGACUUCCACUGCCUGGAGGAACAGACCCUCAAGUACCAGCACGCCCUGGCCGUGGCCCAUUGUAACUUCUCUAGGACUAGCUAG